GAAAAACGGCAAAAUGUCAGUGCCUGAGAAUAACUUGGAAAUUGUGCCACAUCCAAAACGCAUAUUUCUUUACAUACAGUUGAAGAUGAUAGAGAAUCUGCCGACUAUGGAUGGGAAACUUGAAAUACAUCUGAGUCAAGCAAAGAAUACACUUACCAAAUUAGUGGAUGUUUAUCCAACGGAUAAUAUUAUAGACUUGUCGAUAUUUGAUAAAUAUAAGCCCACAUUUAGUCUAAUGGUUGAACAAGAUAACAUUGAAGAUGCGAAUAUAUUAAGUGAUAAUCCAUUAUUACUAACCCUUUACAAUCGUGUAAUGGUUCGUGUGCCACCUGACGAGGUGUCCGUGCGAACGAGAUCGUUGGAAGAUGAAAAAGUAAAGCGAAAAGAGAGUAUUAAAGCAAAUAAAAGACAACGAAGACGAACACCGAAAAGUAUAGAAUUAAAGGCUGACAUUGAAGAAGAAAAAGUGGAAGAGGAAAUCGAAGAACCGGAAAUCUAUGAGGAGGAAUUACGUCCAAUUGCACAGGGGCAUAUCGACCUAUUAAGGCUUUAUACCAAAAAGCGUGAGCUUGCCACUUUCUAUACCAUUUUGUAUCAGAUAUCAAUUUCGGAAGAGUCCUUCUCUUCAUGCACUGCGGCUUGGGAGGUGUACGCUCUGUUGCCGUUACUAAAAGAUAUGACUUUCCAUAAUAUGGUGCAUGUCUCAUUUGAGUCCAUAUUCAAUGUUAAACCGAAUCUGUCGGAAAAUGUAGAUUAUUUGGUUGCCGAUUUCUAUUUUGAAUCGAAAAUUCCAAAUGAAAACAAUCAGUACGAAAAAGUAAAGUUUUGUACUUUCAAACACUUUAACAAACAACUAGUAACGGCUACUGAUGUGCUGCUAGGUUGGGAAAACUUGAGAAGUGCUGAACCUAAAAACUUCGAUUGCAUCGGCAUCUGUUGCCAUUUUUCCAUAAAUACCUUCAAUAUAUUUCGUCAUCUGGUGUAUGAAGAAAACUCAAAAAUCCAUGUCAAGAACGUCGAUUUCAGAAAUUCCGUAAUAUCCAGCAAUGCAACUCACCGUUUUGUGCUCACCGAAGAAUUCGCUCGAACUUUAGAGGAUGUUUUAGCGUUCGAUGAGCAACAAAUACUAAUUGAAAUGUACCAUAUUGAUAACCCAGAUGAUAUUAUUGUUAAAGGACAUAUUGAUCCAUCAAUCUUGCUCUAUCCAGAAGUUAGCUCCAAAAGGUUCGCGGUAGAGCUGUCUUCUACCGACAACAAACCUGUUAAACAUUCCAUAAAGCCCUCGUCCGCAAAGUUUAGUUCAAUUCGAGUGCUUGAGGAGCCUACUUUUGCCAUUAUUUCCAUAUGUUUCGCAACACCGCUGACGGAAUCGUUUAUACUAACCACCUUGCAAGAUACAAAACUUCCGAAGUUUCUGUCAAAGUACAAUGAAAAUAUAAGCUCGCGAAUGGAAGCUCAUUACGCUUUUGAAAAAGAAAUAAAAAAAUUAAUUUUGUAUAUCGUGAAAAAUGAUAUAAAGAAACUGGAAGAUGCUAAGGGGGUAUUAUGUUGUCACAAGGAAAAUUUAACGAAUCAGAUUUUCAAGCUUAUCUCCAGCGAUUUUAAUAUCAAAAAACCAACAGAGAAUGCCAUAGAGUUCCAUAAUCUCAUGACUACUGUGUACAAAGAAACUGUCCAAACCACUUAUAAUAUUUUGCAAAAUUUAAGAAAUCAUGUUUCAACAUUUUCAUUUCCUGAAACUGAAAUUGACAAUAGAAUCCUUAACUACUUUUCGAUUGCUCAGUAUUUUUCGGUGCUUGGGGAAGAAUAUUUCGCUAAGAUCCUUUGUGACAAGGCUGAAAAAUUGGCUGCGGGAGACACUAUUUUUAAUUUCUUCAAACUUGUAAUGGCUGUGGAAAAACUAGAUUUUGAAAACGCGAAGAAAUAUUAUUCGCUCCCGAGUAAUAAACAAUUUGAACUGGGUCUCCACUUUACAGAACUGAUUAAAUUAUAUAUAAAUUAUGUGGAAACUUUGGCAAAUGAAACGACGUUUAAUCAAGCAAUGGAAAAUUUGAUCGUCAGUCUUCGGGAAGAGGUUAUUGCCUUUCCAAACGACCUCUGUUACUGGGUUUUGCUGCAUUGUAUUUUCAAAUAUUGCAGUUAUUUGCCAGGAACUAAUUACACCCGCUGGAAAUAUGAACAAAUAGAAUUAGAGGUGGAACCUAAACUACCUGUAAUGCCACCGUCUCGUUUUAUGUUAAUUAAUCCAUAUGAAAUAAAGGCGCCAAUUACGGUUAAGGAAACAUUAUUCCUUAAAGUAUUUACAAUCCUGACCAGAUUGGGAUUAUAUAAAUUCGCUGUAUUCGUUUUCAAAGAAUUGGAAAUGUCAUGCCAACCGUUUGAACGGUACCUUACACUCACCACACUAAAGAUACUCUCGAACGAAGUCCUUACCAAUUAUCAGCCAAAAACGUUUCCGGUUACCAAACCACUGGAAAAGUAUUUCAUAACAAACAUAAAUGGUCAUCUGGAGUACAGUCGCGGCGCUAUCGAUUAUGCAAUACAAAACUACUGGAAACUUUUAAUAAAUGACCAUGAAAUAUCAAGCAGACAUUAUUUGUUGGCCUUGCUACGUUACGGUUUCCAUAUGCUGAAGAUAGGGAAUUAUCAAGAGGCCGUGGAGGCAUUUCAAAAAUGCGACAGCGAUGACACCAAACUUAUUGCCAAAUUUUAUUUGGCCAAAGCUUUAUUCAAAAUGAAUAAGCUUGAAGAUGCGGAACGCGAAUUGGCCACUUGUACAAAUUUUAAAGUUCAUAUACCGGAUGUGUGGGGUUAUCUAGCGUUGAUUAAUCUUUUGUUGAAGAGAAACUUCAAAGCCCUCGAGUUUUGGAAAUAUGCCAAAAUUUAUCCCGAUAUUGAAUUCAGCAGAGACCUUCAAGAGGAUUUAAGAAAUGUUGAUAUCUAUGAUGUUGUGCUUUAUGUUGAUAAACCUCCUGUAAUUCCAUGCAUGACAUUAACGUCUAUUGAUGGGAAAACAGGCAAAAUGGCAUCAAGUUCACAAUAUAGAAUUAAAAUGGUUAGUAUCCUUAGCGACAAGGAGCUGUUGCGAUAUCAGGAAGUCUUAAAGAAACGCACACCGAAAAAAGGUAAAUCAAAAACACCAUAUCAGUCAGUGGAAUCGAGCCCAAUAUUGGAACAAGAAAUUGUGCCGGAGUCGAGUAUUGAAAAGACGGGAUCUCCUAAAGUGUUUAUGUAUUUACAACUUCAAGACAUCAUAAAUGUUCCGUAUGCUGAUAAUAAAAGAUUCUUCAUUAGUUUGCGCCACAAUAAUACAAAUUAUGCCGACGAAAAGGAGUUGGAUGAAAACUCUAGAUUAAGCGCCUUCGCCAUACCGAUCGAACAAUACAAUAUGGAUGUAGCUAAUGCGUUUAGUGACGAGCCGGUCGCUAUUAUUUUAACGGUAGUUUCAGAAGAGGAAAAUGACGCUACCGAAAAAACAAUUGCCCAGGGCCAAAUUGAUUUGAUACAUUUUUUCACAAAUAAGCGCACAGUAGUUAGUACCGAAAUUUUAUUGUACCCAACAUCAUUUGAGCAUAUUGAUUUGGAAAUGGGAACUUGUAAAACCGUCUGGCAUGUGUAUUCUCUACUGCCAUUAAUGAGAUAUGAAGAUUUUAAUAAUAUGGUCUUCGUAACAAUCGAAUCCAUAUAUAAUGCGAGCGCUGACAUCAUGGAUAUGGCCCAGAGCUUGGGUGUAAGCCUAUCAUUUCGUUCCAAAUUUCCGAAUGAAAUGAACGAAUUCGAAACGACAAAAAUAUGUACCUUUAAUUAUUUGGACAGAGGUCUAAUCAUUGACCAAGAUACCACAUAUCGCUGGGCCAGUAUUUCUAUGGAUGCAUCACACAACUUGGGUCAAUCAACGGAUUGUAGUAUAUCUCUUUAUAAAUUAUUCAGUGACUUAUUGUGUACAGAGGGUGUAGAUUUCAAUUUUGACAGUAUAUCUAUGUCUAAAGAAGAAGCAUUAAUUUGUAAUUUGCUACGUCGCUACAUCUUGGAUGAAGUUUUAAAUAAUAUACUGGAAGCAGUGAUUGCUUACGACGAACAGGAACUUAUAAUUGAGGUGUAUGACCGCGCUAAACCAGACUCUAUUCUCUUAAGGGGCAGUAUAGACCUAUCAAUAUUUCUAUAUCCAGAUGUGAACUCCUGUCGUUUUGCCGUACAUUUGAAACCUGUCGAAGUGACGACCUUUUCCAACGACGAAACCCCUAUAAAUCCCUACCAUGAGGAGGGCAAAAUCACAUUUGGGAUCGUAAAUAUCUGCAUAUUGCAGCCCAUAACGGAAUGCCAAAUGACACGCGAUAUUUUUAGAAAGCACUUAACACCUGAGGAAAUGAAAACUUGCGCACCUAAAACUUCUGCGGCAGAAAUAAUUCCAGAAAAAGGCAAAGUGGACAUUUGCGAAGAGAACUACAAACAUUUUGAUGCGCAAAUAUACACCCUUAUUGAUUACAUAAUAAGAAAGGAGAUACAACAAAUCGAAGAUUCAAAGGGAUUCCUAUGUUGUCAAAAGAAUGAGUUAACUCAAAAAAUUAUGAAAUUGAUUGCUUGCGAUUUCAAUAUUCGUGUGCCAACCAAGAAUAGUACAGAAUUCGCGAAUCUGAUGACGUUCGUCUACAAAAAUUUGGAAAAAAGAUGUUUUGAAAUUUUGCAAAAAACUCAAAAACCCAAAACCCCUCUCGAGGCCGGUCUCCAUAUCCAAAACAUAGCGUUAUACAUGAGCAUAAUAAAAGUGUUGAAUGAAGUUGGUGCGGAAAAUUUGGCGAAUAUAUACAAAACAAAGCUGGAAAAACUGGAAACCGCUGAGUUUCAUGUAGAAGGCUACAAAUUCUUGUACAACAUGGAGAAGCAGAAUUUUGAGGAAGCUAGGGAACAUCUUCGAAAACCGCUGGAGCAAAGAUUCACCUUUGGAGAUUAUCAUGAUGGUCUUUUUGAUAUUUACAUUUCCUACGUAGAAACCUUGUUGACUGAAACUACCUAUAACGAAGCUCUUCAAUAUUUACUUCGUGCGUUGGAGACCUACUCAAGCCGAUUUCCCAAGGAAUCUUCAACGUGGAUUCUCUUAUACUGUAUAUACAGCGAAUGUGGCUAUGUGCCAGGCAUGAGUUAUACUCGCUGGAAAUUUGAGAAUUUGAAAAAAGAGUUUACCAGAAAUACUCAGCUGCCGUUAAGCCUUUGGGAUCUUUAUUGCAACCAAAGUCUUGAGUUUACAUCUAAAAGGACAACGGAAUUUUACAAAACCGUCCAAGAAUUCUUGGAUCUGGGAUUGUAUAAGUUUGUACAAAUAAUUUUUGGGCAAAUUUUAAUUGAAUGUACCGAAGCGGAGAAGUAUUUCGUUACGAUCACUUUACAAAUUCUACUUCGAGAAAUAACGGACACAUAUUCGAUGCGAACAUUUCAAGGACUCCAAACGACAAUUUUCCAAUCACAUAUUAAUGGACAUUUGCAUUAUUAUCUUGGCGAUAAAUCUGCUGCAAAGAACUGUUAUGCUGUAAUUUUGCAUAACACUGAAAACCUGGAUGAUGUCGGAGUUUUCCAAAUGAGCAUUUUGCGUUAUGCCAACAAUUUACUUGAACGGGGCAAAUAUGAGAAAGCAAUCAGUGCAUAUGGGCAAUGCACGAGAAUCAGCAGUUGCCGCGUGAAGGCGCUUUACGACCUUGGAAGGGCCUAUUAUCGCUUGGGAAAAUAUCAAGCGGCGGAAGAAAAGUUUUCGUCUUGUACAAAUUUUGGCAUACAUUUACCAGAUGUUUGGGGCUACUUGGCUUUGACUAAUCUCAAAAUGAAUAACACAUUUAAGGCUCUUGAAUCCUGGAAAUACGCCAAAAUCAACCCGAAUAAUGUGAUAAGUGAAGAAAUUUAUAGUGAAUUGAAAAAAAUUGAUUUGAAUGAAGUAACAUUAAUUGUUGAUGCUCCUGAUGCAGCAGUCAAUAACAAUUGCUAUAAAAAUCCUUGAAAAAUAUAAAUACAUGCUUUAA